AUGGUCAGACAACGCCAGCGAAAAUCAGCACCUGACAAGGCUGCCGCGCUCCUCCAUCAGUUCUCCUGGCGCUUCGACAACGAUGACCAAACAUGGAUCCAAAAGAACGUUGCCAGAGUACGCAAGGCACUCGAGGACGGCGACCAAACGAAUACGGACGUCACAUCAACGAAGCGGCGGAAUCUGGAACUGGGAAAAUGGCAACUCGACAUCACCAUGUUGUAUGGAUACUUCAAAGACAUGUACAAGAGCGAGAGGUUUCUCACGGAACUGCUCAAGGUACAGAAUGCUGUGGAGAUUGGUAAGGAUUUCGAGGAGGUUCGGGCUGCCAUCGAGGAGGCUGCGCAAGAGCGGAGAGGUGACAAAUCAUCGGCGCGAAAGAGGCUGUACACACCUGCAGAUGCUAGCGGUGCUCUCGUGAUAUUGAAGAGCAAGGGAACUGAGCCGGCGGAGGAAGAUGAUCUGGACAGUAUAUCGGACAGCUUGGAUGAAGGCGACGACCGGAGUGACAGCGCGAGCGUCGAAACCGGUCGAGGGUCCGGCGAAGCCAGACGGGACUUGUCGUCUCCCGCUUCACUUCACCACCUUUCAUCUGCAACUUCGUAUCGACACGACGACUACGGCUCCUACGACGACAACAUCGGAUUCGAUAGUGCGCAAGGCGAUAUCCUCUGGCAAUAUCAGCAUCGUGCAGGAGCGACGACAUCGUCGGCCGCCACGCAGGACGACCCCGACCCGGACGAAACCUCACUGGAGCAAUUCCACACCUUCAUCACCGACCGCCAGAACAAUCGCGACCCCGCUGCAGAGAUUUACGAGAUAUUCAAAACCGCCGACUCCAUCCGCCUCCACGUUCACGCCAUGGAAAUACCACUGACAGAUGAAGAUGCGCGCGCCGCUCAACAAGCUCUGGCUAACAAUCAAGACUUCACCCCGCCCAUUCUUGACGCCAUCAUCGGCAAGCUGAAGCCACUUUCUUGGUUCACGCAUCCCACGGGCACGGUCCAGGAUGGUCGGUUGAUGUUCAUCAAUGAACAGCGUCACCCUCAAGGCGUCUCGAACGUGCUCUUACCAGUCCGCCUACCCAAUGACGACAAAGACCAAUGGAGCUUGGCCUUGAUCCGCACGAUCUCUGAGCGGGAAUCGCUCUUGUCAAUCCAGUGCCUCUCCCAGGAGGGUACGGUCACAAACCAUGUCAAGCAGGCAGUACAAGAUUGGUGCAAAGAGUGGAAGGGAAAUCAUAAACUCAGCACCUUCAUAUUUCCACCACCAAUACCCGACCCGGACCUGGCUGCGACUCAAUCUCUGCUUCUGCGAGCGAUAUUCAACAUGGCAGAUGUACCACAUGAAAGACCCGUUGACUGUCCCACCGCCCGCAUUAUUGUAUCCCGAAUUCUCUGGGACCUUCCUCUGCGCGGUGACGCCGUCAAGCCAGAUGAGCUCGACAAACUCCGAAAGCCGGACAUGGACGGUCUCGGGAUCAAUGCUUGCAAGAAUGCGACGGAAACUUUCAUCAACAAUGGAACAGCGGCAUGCAGUGACUUUGCAAAGACAGAAGGCAGUGUCUUUGCAGUCACGAAGGCGGUGCAGCAUAUCCGAGAUGGAUUCAACGCUGCAAUCUCGCUGCAAUCAACCCUUGGAAUGCGUGCGGAGCCGGUCGUCAAACUCCUAGCCAGUGAAGCGGCAACUAGGGUUGAGAUCGUCGAGAGAUUGUGUCAAGGAUUCGAGGGCAUGUUGACGGCGAUGAGAGUGGACAAUCAGUCGCUCAUGAAGGAGAUUGCUGAAGCCCAGGCAUGGCUGGAUGGAUAG